AUGGCCACAGAUGAAACUUUCCCUUCGGUGAGAAGAGGUCAUGGCCGUCGUAUUAAUCGGAAUAAUCGUAGUAGUUUAAGGAUAGGUGGUGAUAGUGGUGGUGGUGGCUAUGACGGUGAUGAAAGACCUAAACUUUCAAGGCAAAGGAAGUUAAGGCAUUUGACCGAUCAAGACCUUGCAGGUCAUAAAAAACAGGUGGCACCGCCGGACCAUCAUGUAAAUUCUGGUGCCCUUUCGAGGUCAACUUCUGCUGCGGUUGCUGUGCCAUUGCCGCUCCCAUUGCCGGCGCCUUCUGGAGAUGGGGAUUUGAGGUUGCCUUCGCCCAAAGAGAGGAUUCGAGAUGGCUUGAGGGAAAGAGAAAGAGACAGAAGUGAUAGGGUUGGAGAGGGAUUAUAUUCUUCGAAUUCUCCAAUUUCUAGUGUAUUUGCUGGUCGAAAGAUGAAGCAAAUGAUUGAGCAUUUAGACACGCAGUCAUCUAGGAGGGUACGACCGGAUUUCAGUACUGCACAGAGUUCUAGAGACAACUUCGGGAUCAAUAUUCCUAUUAGGAGUGCUCCUACUAGUCCGUUUUCAAGUCCUGUUCGCAGCCCACAGAGAAUGAGUAAUGCUGCUGAUAUGCUUCCUUACUACCACAUGAUUGCUCAAGCAAAUCAAGUUUGGUCUGCACCAGAGAUGGCAACGUUGGAUAUACCUGGGCUUCCUCCUCCAGCGUUCAUGGAUAUCGGUGCUUUUAGCACUGACAGCUCUCCUCUUCAAAGUCCACCAAAUAUAAGUCCCCGCCAGAGAUCUAGAAGCCCAACUGGGCCUUCAUCACCAUUGAGUGCCAAGUUAUCAAUCGAAAGCUCAGCUGCACGACGAGAAAGUAAUGCUAAUUUGGAGGUCCACCCGUUACCGCUCCCUCCAGGAGCAGGUGUCCCUACACCAUCAGUACCAGUUCCUCUAACUCUACCUAAACCAGAGUCCACGCCUAUGAAAAGUCAGUGGCAGAAGGGAAAGCUUAUUGGACGUGGUACAUUUGGAAGUGUUUAUGUUGCCAGCAAUAGGGAAACUGGAGCAUUAUGUGCAAUGAAGGAAGUGGAAAUGUUUCCUGAUGACCCAAAAUCUGCUGAGUGUAUAAAGCAAUUAGAACAGGAAAUUAAAGUUCUUAGCCAGCUGAAGCAUCCAAACAUUGUCCAAUAUUAUGGUAGUGAAAUAGUUGAUGACAAAUUCUAUAUAUAUCUGGAGUAUGUUCAUCCAGGUUCAAUCAAUAAAUAUGUACGUGAACAUUGUGGAGCCAUAACAGAAAGUGUUGUUCGUAAUUUUAGUCGCCAUAUCCUCUCUGGGCUAGCUUAUUUGCACAGUAUGAAGACAAUACACAGGGAUAUAAAAGGCGCUAAUUUGCUUGUUGAUGCAUCUGGAGUUGUGAAGCUUGCAGACUUUGGGAUGGCAAAACUUCUCACUGGACAAGCAGCUGAUCUUUCUCUAAAGGGAAGCCCUUACUGGAUGGCUCCUGAGCUCAUGCAAGCAGUAAUGCAAAAGGAUGCCAGCUCUGAUCUUGCACUUGCUGUUGAUAUUUGGAGUUUGGGAUGUACUAUUAUUGAAAUGCUCACUGGGAAACCUCCUUGGAGCGAGUAUGAGGGGGCUGCAGCCAUGUUUAAAGUUAUGAGGGAUAGCCCAGCUAUACCUGAAACAUUGUCACCCGAGGGCAAGGAUUUUAUGCGUUGCUGCUUUCGGAGAAACCCUGCAGAGAGACCUUCAGCUACCAUAUUACUAGAACAUAGGUGGUUGAAAAACUCCCAGCAGAUCGAUGUCUCAUCUACCAUCCAGUCAAUCAAUGGGAUAAAAUUGAUUGAUUUAUCACAUGGUCCAAGAGCGUCUGAAGUCAAGUUUGAUCAGCUGCCAGGAUUUCCAAGCUCAAAAAGUACUAAAGGAAAGGCGACUUCUGACAGCUUCGUGCAUUAUUCUUUUUCUCCAGCAAGACUGUCCAACGACCUUGCCAUGAAACUUCCAACUUAA